GAGGCGGGCGGGGACCGUGAGGGGCCGUGAGGGGACCCGGGAGAGGCACCGGCCGAAGCACCCCGCCACCGUCCCCACCACCGACUUCGGGCCCAGGGAUUCAGCAAAAGCUUCCUCAAGAGGUUUGACAUGGAACUACAGCCCUGCUCUGACAGAUCAUGGUGACUGAGGGGAUAGAGGACAUGCAGAUUAGUUGUGUCGCUAAUGGGAAUGAAAAUUUAGAAGGACCCUUCAUUUGCCAAAUAAAGAAAAUGGGAGCAAAUAGCAGCAGCAUCAGUGAGCUUCCAGAAAAUGAGUACUUACAGAAACUGUCAGGAUCAGAGCCCAUCUCUGAGAAUGACCCAUUCUGGAAUCAGCUUCUGUCUUUUAGCUUCACUACUCCAACAAACAGUGCUGAUUUAAAGCUCUUGGAAGAAGCCACAAUCUCAGUCUGUAAGUCUUUAGUUGAGAAGAAUCCUCGAACAGGAAACCUUGGAUCAUUGAUUAAAGUCUUUCUUUCUAGAACCAAAGAGUUAAAAAUUUCAGCAGAAUGUCAGAACCACCUCUUUAUCUGGCAGGCUCACAAUGCACUGUUCAUUAUUUGCUGUUUGCUGAAAGUAUUCAUCAGUCGAAUGUCAGAAGAGGAGCUGCAACUUCAUUUUACUUAUGAAGAGAAAGCAGGACCAAGCUCAUAUGGAACAGAGUGUGAAGACCUCAUAGAAGAGUUGCUGUGUUGCCUCAUCCAGCUCAUUGUUGAAAUUCCCCUCUUGUACCCCUGUCAGCACACAGACAGUAACUGGUGGAAAUGGUUGUGCUCAUGGUACAGGGGAAGGUACAGUGGAGGUGUCACUUCAGCUCUGGGGUAUGCAGUAAGAGAUAUUACAUACAGCAUUUCUUUGGAAGCCGUGACAACUCUCAUUGUGUUCCUCUCCUGCCAAUUAUUCCACAAAGAGAUUCUUCGAGAGAGCAUCAUUCACAGAUACCUGAUGCAUGGUCGAUGUCUCCCAUACACCAGCAGACUUGUGAAAACUUUGCUGUAUAAUUUCAUUAGACAAGAGAGAAGCCCUCCUCCAGGGACCCACGUCUUUCAGCAGCAAACAGAUGGAGGAGGACUGCUCUAUGGAAUUGCAUCUGGGGUGGCAACUGGCCUGUGGACAGUGUUCACGCUGGGUGGGGUGGGCAGCAAAGCAUCGGCACAGCUGGAGCAGUGCUCCCCUCUGGCCAGCCAGAGCCUGCUGCUGCUGCUGGUCCUGGCCAACCUGACUGAUGCUCCAGACAUCCCAAAUCCAUACAGGCAAGCCAUCAUGUCCUUCAAGAACACACAAGAUAAUACCGCUUUUUCAUCAUCAAAUCCACACGCUUUCCAGAUUAACUUUAACAGUUUAUACACAGCUUUAUGUGAGCAGCAGAAAUCUGAUCAAGCCACUCUUCUCUUAUACAUGCUUCUGCAUCAGAACAGCAAUAUGAGGACCUACGUGUUGGCACGGACAGACAUAGAAAAUCUGGUUCUGCCAAUUCUUGAAAUUCUGUAUCACGUUGAAGAAAGGAAUUCACACCAUGUUUACAUGGCCCUUAUAAUUUUGCUGAUCCUUACAGAAGAUGAUGGCUUCAACCGAUCCAUUCAUGAAGUGAUACUGAAAAACAUCACUUGGUAUGCUGAGCGUGUCCUAACAGAGAUCUCACUUGGGAGUCUUCUGAUACUGGUUGUGAUAAGAACCAUCCAGUACAACAUGACACGGACAAGGGACAAAUACCUUCAUACAAAUUGUCUGGCAGCCUUAGCAAAUAUGUCAGCACAGUUCCGCUCACUUCAUCAGUAUGCUGCUCAGAGGAUCAUCAGUUAUACCUGCCGCCACUUGCGGAGAUAUGUGUAUGUCUUGGACAAACUGUAUUUCCCCCACUCCCACUGCUCUACGCUGCAGCAUUGCUUCUCGACCCUCAGUGACAAUGGAGAGGAACUCUUGUCUUUAACUUGUUCUCACAUUCUCAGAUCCUAUGCUUCCAGUCUAUUUUCUCUGUUAUCUAAAAAACACAACAAAGUGCUGGAGCAAGCCACGCAGUCCUUGAGAGGUUCCCUGGGUUCAAACGACUCUCCACUUCCUGAUUAUCACUUUUGGGAGAUGUCUGAUUGCCUUCACUUCUCUGAAACAAAGUUGAGACACGCGCAAGACUUGAAUGUGAUUGAGGAAGUGAUCCGAAUGAUGCUGGAGAUCAUCAACUCCUGCCUGACCAACUCCCUCCAUCACAACCCCAACCUGGUGUAUGCUCUGCUCUACAAGCGGGAUCUGUUCGAGCAGUUUCGGACUCACCCCUCCUUCCAGGACAUCAUGCAAAAUAUAGACCUGGUGAUCAGCUUUUUCAGCUCCCGAUUAGAGCAAGCUGGAGCUGAGCUGUCAGUGGAGCGAGUUCUGGAAAUCAUCAAGCAAGGAGCUGUUGCUUUGCCCAAAGACAGGCUAAGAAAGUUCCCUGAGCUGAAGUUCAAGUACGUGGAGGAGGAGCAGCCUGAGGAGUUCUUCAUCCCCUACGUGUGGUCCCUGGUGUACAACUCUGCCGUGGCCCUGUACUGGAACCCCCGUGACAUCCAGCUCUUCACCAUGGACUCGGGCUGAGGGACACCCCUGCCAGGCCAGCCCCGCUCCGUCUUACAGGAAUUGAACCUCUGCACCUCUUCCAACCUGACCCCCUCCAACUGCCCCCUCCGACCCCAGAGCCAGUGUCCAGCCUCAUGCUGGGACAGACUGGUGUGGGGCACAGAUGGCUUGUAGGCAACCUUGUGUUUAUAGUCCAUAACCUAGAGCUUGUUUGAUGAAAAUGAGGCCUUACACAUGGGGUAUGAUGUUACUACCAACCACAAACCUGAUCGUCCUUUUAACUAAACGGGCUAAUUGAGAUUGCAGGCUUUGAUUUGGAAGCAGCGUUUGUAUUUUUGGCUCUUUCGAGUGGGCAGCUUCCUUGGUUCAAGCUUUUUAUGGUCUCUUGGAUGCUGCCGUGGGUUGCUCGUUACCUAAUCCCGUGUUUUCACUCACAGCCCUUCGUUUCCGUGGCACUGUCAAGGCUGCAGCCCUUAAAUUGCUGUCUACGCUGUCAUCCGAGGGAACUAAGCAAGCAGCAUCUUAAUCAGGUUAGCUCCCAGGCAGAUUCAAAACACUUGAUUUAGAUGUUUGUGGGAGGAUUUUCAAUAGCAAGUCUUUUGUUGUUGUUGUUGUUUGACUGGCAAAUACUCUCCAGAGGGCAAGAAACACCUGCUUUCAGAGUCAGGUCCCUUACAGACUUGUUUUUCUGUGCUCCUCUGCAAAAUUGUUCCUGGAAAUUGAACGUGUAAGGAAAGGGGGGGAAAAAAAGUCCAAAGAAAAUAAUUACAAGAUUGUAAAAUAGACCAGUGUCCUGUAAACCUGUGCGUAAUGGUGACAGUGUGUUUUGGGGAUCCUUGACAAAGCUCUGUGUUGAAAACCUCCUGUUGGCUUUUAAAGUUUUAUGGCAGAAAUAUAAAUUUAUCUGAAUGUAGAAUACUACUCUCUUUUUUUGUUGUUUUCAAGUGCCCUUUCCUGAUAUACCUGUUUCAGCAGUGGGAAAAACUAAAGAAGUGGUGUGAUUUUGAAAGAAAUCUCAUUUUUCAAAGUGGGGAUCAUAUUUUGGGGAUGCCUGUUGCACACACGUGCACCCACUCUCCUUGUCCCACAUGCUGCUGUGUGGGGGACUGUCACCAGUACAUUGCAUGCCAAAACUUCCAUUUUGAGGAAUUGGUUCCUGAAGAUGAGUGGCAACCCUCUGUACUCACUGCCUGCUCCAGCAUGUUCUGUUUGUUGACCUGAGGAAUCGGGUGCGUUUGCUUUCAGAAAGUCCUUUGAAUGGCUUUAAAUAGAAUUUCUUGCACCGUUUCAUCCCUCUGAAGGAUAUGCUAAGAUUGUACUUUUUAUCUGCUUAUUUAGAGACAGAAGUCCAUUUGAGUCUUACACAAAUGGAGAUGCUGGCAUAUUAAAAAAAAAAAAAAAAGCAAAAAAAAAAGCUUUCCAAAUUUA